CAGAUUCUCCUCCGUUCUGACCGGCCCGACUAAAUGUGACCGACGCGUAGAGAGGGAGACAGUUAGUGGCUCUAAAGAUGCUCUGUGCAAUGGACGUUUGAGUCAUGGCUUCCUAGCAACCCACAGAUUCUCCUGCUUUUGCAUCAGUUUCAGAUCCAGACGAGCCCAAUGUCUGAUUCAGACCUGAAGAGGUUCGGAGGACCAGCCAGCAGGGUCUUUGAAGCCAUAUCACCUCCAACCCCAAGGAUGGAGCUGCUCAGUCCCUCCAAGGUGAAGGACCGCUCUCAGAACGUCACAGAGAAGGUCACACAGGUGCUUUCUUUGGAGUCUGAUGUGCUUCCGGAAUACAAACUUCAGGUGCCUGAAACGACAUGGUGGAUUUUGCUUCACUACAGCCCCUUCAAGGCGUUUUGGGAUUGGAUAAUUCUACUCUUGGUACUUUACACGGCAGUUUUCACUCCUUACUCUGCAACUUUUCUUUUGGACGAACAUGGGAGUAUUCGUCAGAGGAACUGCGGCUACACGUGUCACCCCCUGAAUGUGGCGGACCUCAUGGUGGACGUGCUGUUCAUUGUGGACAUUCUCAUCAACCUGCGCACCACUUAUGUGGACCACAAUGAUGAGGUGGUCACGCAGCCAAGUCGCAUUGCCAAGCAUUAUAUCAAGGGCUGGUUCCCAAUAGAUCUGUUUGCAGCGAUCCCCUUUGACCUUCUGAUUUUCAGAUCCGGUUCUGAUGAGAUGGUGACCCUGACAAGCUUGUUGAAAACAGCCCGCCUGCUGCGACUCGUCCGUGUGGCACGGAAGCUGGACAGGUAUUCCGAAUACGGCGCUGCAGUCCUUUUUCUGCUCAUGUGCACAUUUGUGCUUAUAGCCCAUUGGCUAGCCUGCAUCUGGUACGCUAUUGGGUUUGUAGAGCGCCCGUACACGGAGACCGGUUGGCUGGACAAUCUGGCCGAACAACUUGGCAAAGUGUACAACGACAGCGACUCCACCUCAGGGCCGUCAGUUAAAGACAAGUAUGUCACCGCUCUUUACUUCACUCUGAGCAGCCUGACUAGUGUGGGGUUUGGAAAUGUGUCCCCAAACACCAACUCUGAGAAGAUCUUCUCCAUUUGUGUCAUGGUCAUUGGAUCUCUAAUGUAUGCCAGCAUUUUUGGGAACGUGUCCGCCAUCAUCCAGCGUCUCUACUCUGGCACCACACGCUACCACACCCAGAUGCUUCGUGUUAAAGAAUUCAUUCGAUUCCAUCAAAUACCUGGUGGCCUUCGCCAGAGGCUGGAGGAAUACUUCCAGCAUGCCUGGUCCUACACAAACGGCAUCGACAUGAAUGCUGUGUUGAAGGGAUUUCCCGAGUCGCUGCAGGCAGACAUCUGUCUGCACCUGAACCGCUCCCUUUUACAGAACUGCAAGGCUUUCCGUGGAGGAAGUCAGGCCUGCCUGCGAGCAAUAGCAAUGAGAUUCAAGACUGUUCAUGCUCCACCUGGAGAUACACUGAUCCAUUAUGGAGACAUCUUAGAGUCACUUUUCUUCAUCGCACGCGGAUCCAUCCAUGUCAUACGAGACGAUGUGGUAGUCGCCAUACUAGAGAGGAACGACAUCUUUGGUGAGUUCAUCCACCUCUACGACGAACCAGGGAAGUCCAGUUCUGAUGUACGCACCAUCACCUACUGUGAUCUCCAUCGCAUACCCAGAGAUGACCUUCUGGAAGUCCUGGAUAUCUACCCUGCCUUUGCUGACAACUUUUGGAGGAAUCUGGAGAUAACAUGUAACCUCCGAGAUGCUGAUCAAGCGCCUCCAAUAUUAACCACUGACUCUGGUGAUGACUUUGAAUGUCCCCACAAGGCCAGACACCGAGACCACUCCUUAGACUGCAGAAUAAGACCUGAUGGAAUGGAUCAUAACGACUCCUACCUCCUUCAGACAUUCCAGUGUGGUCACCCACCUUCCCAGGCCCACUGGGAUGACUGCUGCAGCUGCGGAUCCCAGAGUUCCCAGUCGAGCGAAGAGUUGGGCAAGCCUCUCAGCCUCAAUGCUAACACAGAGAAGUGCUCACAGGCGGACGGUGGAAGGGACGGUGCGUCGUCUGACCCGCACUGUGUCCCCACAAAUGGAUCUAAAGAAGGCAGGGGUGCCAUGUUGGAUCCAAACCUCCAAACACCGUCUUUGAACGUUCAAGAAAUGUAUCACUAUUGGCCUGAGAGACAGACACCACAUUUCACAAGUCGUGCCUGGCGAUCAUCCUCGGUUCGUGCAUCAUCCUACCACCCACCACCAUUCAGAGAAGAGCGCCCCAGUGAGUUGGAGUCUCGACUUGAAGUUCUCCACUCACAGCUGAACAGACUGGAAACUAGGAUGACAGCCGACAUCAAUGUUAUUCUUCAACUGCUGCAGAGGCAGAUGGCGCCAGUUCCUCCAGCGUACAGCUCUGUUUCCUCCAAUACUCUUCCUCCAGACCCCUGUGCCCUGUACCGGCCUGAGAGAGGAGUUCUGCACACCAUAUACCCCAUCACCCCAGUGCAGUCAUUGACAACAACUCAGAACGAGUGGAAGUCAACCCAGCAGUCGCAAGAGUCUCUAUCCAGUGGCAUGAAUGUGACUGGAGCUUCAGCUGACCCCAAGGCUUUGACAGGGACCCCCGAAACUCUAACUCACUCACGGCUAACCCUUGAGUCGCCUCAGUGCUCUGGCAGGUCUGCACUCGGGACUAACCUCCGGUAUCCAUCACUACCUGGGAACUUGGACAUUUCCCCAGGAAGAGAUGAGAUCCAGAAGCACCUUUCAGACCCCUCAUUGGCAGUCAUCUAACUAGAGCAUAACCAUGGCACAGUUCAUGAGUGUCUUGAGUUUGGUGUAUUAAAAGGUUGUUUCCUGCA